AUGUCGCAGGGAACAGAGAGCCAGUUCCGCUCCCAACUCGCAGGCUUUCGAUGGGCACAAGGCCGCACGGAUGACUCGCCGGCCGGUAGGGCGGCGGCAUCGGCCAACUCGACAAACGCUGGCGGAGGCGGAGGCGGGUCGUACAUGUCGAUGUUGACCAACUCGAUCAGCGGCUACGUGCCCCUCCGCUCCGACCAGAGAACGAACGAGGAGGAGGCCUACAUCAGCCUUAGCCGCUGGGAACGGUUCCUCGGCUUCCUCGCCUGCAUAGCCGGGGCGGGCGUGUGCUUUCUCUUCUCCUUUCUCUUCCUCUCGCCGCCCAUCCUCGCCGUUCGGCCGCAGAAGUUUGCCCUGGCCUUUUCGUUGGGCAGUCUGCUCUUUAUGAUCGGGUUCUCGAUCCUCUCUGGACCCGUGGCGCACCUCAAGCACAUCCUCAGCAAGGAGAGGUUACCGUUCAGCGUAGCCUACUUUGGCUCGUUGGGCCUCACCAUCUACUUUGCCGUCGGACGGCGCUCCAUGAUCCCCACGCUCGUCGCUGCCAUCGUCCAGGUCGGCGCGCUACUCACCUACCUCGCCGCCUACUUUCCUGGAGGUACGACGACGCUGCGCUACGGCGGAAGCAUGUUGCUCAGAGGCGGUGCUUCGCUCCUGCCCAUCUGA